AAGUGGGCACCUUUUCUCUUAUUUCCCCUCCUAUUUUUCUCUCUUUCCCCUCCCUACAACAUAUUCUUAGGAGAGCUAGCUAGUAAGGUAUAUAAAUCAUCCAUCAUGCACCCAAACAGUGUGUACCAUCUUUAGAUUCAAUAAAUAAAUAAAUAUAAUCAUUUUUUAGUAAAUAUAUUCUCCAUAUAAAUAAAUUUUCUAAAAAAAAAAUUCGAAGUAUAUUUGAGAACACCCAAAGUCUUCUUUCUCUAGGGGUAGUUCUCAUCCUACAACCUAUCUUCUAUGUUCUUCCUCUCUUUCAAAUUAUACUUCCCAUCUUCUUUACUUUACUGAUAUGAACAGCAUUUAUCAGAUCAAAGUAUUUCUUGUGUAGAUCAGACAUUAUAUUGAAGUUUUGAUGAGCAAACCAAGAGUCAUAUAUAGAAGUAUAAUCUUAGCAUAGAAUUAAAAGGGAUAUAUGAUGAGUAGUAGUUGUACUGGGAUGGCUUUCUUUCCUGCUAAUUUCAUGCUUCAAACUCCUUCUGAUAAUGGAACUCAUCCUCCUUCUCUUUCCUCCAUCCUUCCUUCUUGCACCCCUCAAGACUUUCAUGUUGGAGCAGCAGGAAUAGGAGGUAUGUUAGGGAAGAGAUCCAUGUCAUUUUCAGGAAUAGAUAUGUGUGAAGAUAUUACAAAUGGGCAUAAUAAUAAUAAUGGAGAAGAGGAUUUAUCAGAUGAUGGGUCCCACUCCCACUUAGGAGGAGUUGGAGAGAAGAAGAGAAGAUUAAACAUGGAACAAGUUAAAACUCUUGAGAAGAAUUUUGAGUUGGGAAAUAAACUUGAACCUGAAAGAAAAAUGCAAUUAGCUAAAGCUCUUGGGUUACAACCAAGGCAAAUUGCUAUUUGGUUUCAAAAUAGAAGAGCUAGGUGGAAGACUAAGCAAUUAGAAAAAGAUUAUGAUCUUCUUAAGAGACAAUUUGAUGCUCUUAAGGCUGAUAAUGAUGCUCUUCAAGCUCAAAAUCAUAAACUUCAAGCUCAGAUAAUAGCAUUAAAAGGUGGUAGAGAACCAACAGAGUCGAUCAAUUUAAACAAGGAAACAGAAGGUUCAUGCAGCAAUAGAAGUGAGAAUAGCUCCGAAAUAAAAUUGGAUAUUUCAAGGACUCCAAAAAAAAACAUUGAAAGCCCAUUGGAUCUCUCCGCCCAUCCAACAACCACCGCCGUCGCCGCCAGAAGAACACUGUUUCCACAGUCAUCAGUGAGGCCCAAUGGGCCCCUUACAGCCCAAGUUUUAUUUCAAAGCCCACAAUCAUCACCAGUUAAAGAAGAGAAUUUCACCAGCAUGUUCUGUAACAUUGAUGAUCAAACUGGGUUUUGGCCUUGGAUUGAACAGCAGAAUUAUAAUUAAGUUUAUUUAAUUUUUUAUUUUUUUUAAUUCCCAUUUUGUUUGGGAGUAAAUUAUUAUAUUUUGGGGAUCAAGGUAAAAUUAUUUUUCACUAAUCUCAUAGUGUAGUUAUUAUUUAUGUGGUUUCAGAUUAUAAUUAAUUAUAAAUAAAUGAGUAUUAAACUAUGUGAAUUUCUUAUUUAUAUGAUAUUAUAAAUGAUUUGAUAUCAAAAAUCAAUC